GGCCGGUUCAAGUUGUGGCCCUAAUAUGCAAAGGUCUAGUAAAAAGCCCAUUUAAUAGCUCUUGCCCUAAUCGUCUUCCGCGUAUAGAGAGAGAGAGAGAAAGUGCGAAAACAAGAGAGAGAAAAAAAACCGCCGAUAAGAUUCCCGUUCCUCCGUCUCCGUCGUUACUCAGCCUCCGGCUCGAUCUGCGUCAAACAAGAGAGAUAAACCGAUGGAUCCGAUGGAUAUAGUUGGAAAAUCUAAGGAAGAUGCUUCGCUUCCUAAAGCUACGAUGACUAAAAUAAUAAAGGAGAUGUUACCAGCAGAUGUUCGUGUUGCUAGAGAUGCUCAAGAUCUUCUCAUCGAGUGUUGUGUUGAGUUCAUUAAUCUUAUAUCGUCAGAGUCUAAUGAAGUCUGUAACAAAGAGGAUAAGCGAACGAUCGCGCCUGAGCAUGUACUCAAAGCGCUUCAGGUUCUUGGCUUUGGGGAAUACGUUGAAGAAGUCUACGCUGCUUAUGAGCAGCAUCGAUACGAAACCAUGCAAGAUUCGCAGAGGAGUGUGAAGAUGAACAGCGGAGCAGAGAUGACGGAGGAGGAAGCGGCAGCGGAACAACAGAGAAUGUUUGCUGAAGCUCGAGCUAGAAUGAAUGGUGGUGGUGGUGGUGGUGUUUCUGUUCCUCAACCAGAUCAAGAGCAGCAACUAGAUACCCAACAGUCAAAUCCACAAAGCUAAUCAAGAAGAAGGGAGAAGCCUUUAUUUAACAUUGUCUUUUUUUUUUCUAGCAUUUCUCUGUAAAGUGCAAAAAAAAAAUAGAAGUCUGUCUUGGUGUUGAUAUGCUCUUUACAUUUUAACUUAGAUUUGUUUCUCUUCUUCUUCUUUUGAACGUAAAAUCACUUUGUGAUUCAGAUGUAAUUAGUAAGCAUUGCCUUGUUUCUUUGCAA